AUGGUACAGUCUGGGAACGGGAUUGGCUCCAGUCCUAACAAUGUGGUGGAUGUGUUAACUGAGUACAGGGGCCUGAGCUGGAGUGUCGGAGGAGAUGGAUCCUUGAGCACAGUCACCACACUGCCCAAUAUAUUGCGAGAGUUCAACACCAAUCUGAAAGGAUUUUCUGUCGGGACUGGAAAAGCUGACACGUCCAAAGCUUUCCUGAAUCAGGCCGUCACCGGGUCCACCACCAUAGACAUACCAGGGCAGAUCAGGAAACUCGUUGACAUCAUGAAGAGUGAUCAGAAAAUUAUUUUGUAUUUGAUAUUUGGUCUUUCGCCACAGAGGAUAGAUUUCCAGAGUGACUGGAAGGUGGUGACGCUCUUUAUUGGUGGGAAUGACAUGUGUAAUUCCUGUAAAGACAAGGUCCUCUAUUCUGCUUCAAACUUUCAAUCCAGAAUCCGGUCAGGUCUAGAUAUUCUACACAAAGAGGUGCCACGUGUGUUUGUGAACCUGGUUGAGAUGUUCAACAUUGUUCCCCUGAGGAAGCUGCACAAGGACCCCAGCCUGAAAUGCCCCACCUAUCUAGCGAACUCGUUUUGUGGCUGUGUGACGAAACCUGAAGAUAACUCCAUGGAGCUCAAGACGCUGUCUGAUCUCAACGGGGCCUAUCAGCGUGUGACCCGCGAGCUGGUGGACUCAGGACGCUACGACACUCGGGAUGACUUCACCGUGGUGCUACAGCCCUUCUUCAGAGAUCUGCAGCUCCCCCUGCUGUCGGAUGGGAGGCCAGAUAGAUCAUACUUUGCUCCUGAUUGUUUCCACUUUAGUCAGAAGACUCAGUCUCAGAUGGCCCGUGCGCUCUGGAACAACAUGCUGCAGCGCACCGGAAGUAAAUCUACUUUGAAGAACUUGGGCACUACUCUCAGCCUGAGCUGCCCGACACAGGCGGACCCCUUCUUUAGGACCUACAAGAACAGCAAGUACUCAUACCCAGGACCAGUCUCCAAGCUGACGGGCUGCAGAUUGGAAAGUGGGAAGAAGAACUUUGGCAGUGACCUCUCCUGUCUUGACAGAGCACCGUCUGAAAACAUCCCCACUUCAGCUCACAAACUGCGUCCAGCGGAUGUGAAGGUUGUUGCGGCUCUGGGAGAUUCGAUCACAACAGGUUAUGGCGCUCAAGCAAACAAUCUGGUCAGCUUGCCGACAGAGUGGAGAGGGGUGUCUUGGAGUAUUGGGGGCAACGACAAUCUGGAUACUGUGACCACUCUGCCCAACAUCCUGAAGCAGUUCAACCCGUCUCUCAUUGGCUUCUCUACGGGCACAGGGAAAACAAACAAUGGCUUCAACAUGGCGGUUGGGGGUGCCAAGGCAAUUGAUCUACCAGAGCAGGCCAACAGGCUGGUCCAAGCUCUCAGGGACAGCCAGGACGUGGAUUUCCAGAAUGACUGGAAGCUGGUGACUGUCUUCAUCGGAGGAAAUGACCUGUGCAGCUACUGCAAUGACCGGGAACAUUAUUCUGUGGAAAACUACAUGAGGUACAUACAGGAUAGUCUGGACAUUCUCUACAGGGAGGUGCCACGUGCCUUUGUGAAUCUGGUAAUGAUGCUGCAGAUUGAGGGCCUAAGGCGCAUUAAGAGCCACACGCUAGGCUGCACCCUACUGCAAACGAACCUGUGCCCUUGUUCCCUGGUGCCUGGGGAGGAUUCUCUGGAGCUGAGUGAGCUCAAGAAGAUCAACCGGGAGUACCAGGAGGUGAUAGAGAGUCUGGUGAGCAGUGGGCGCUACGAUGGCAGACAGGACUUCACUGUGGUGGUGCAGCCCUUCUUCAGGAACUCCAUCAUCCCCCUGACGAUUGACGGGAAGCCAGAUCUUGAUUUCUUCUCUGUGGACUGUUUCCAUUUUAAGGAAAGGGGCCAGGCUGAGAUGAGCAUUGAACUGUGGAACAACAUGCUGGAGCCAGUGGGACAGAAGCACACCUUCAAUAACUUCACUCAUGACCGCAGCAAGCUCAAGUGCCCCAGCCAGGAGAGGCCCUAUUUCUUCACGCGGAUGAACAGCUUCCCGGAUGCGAACCCCGCUGCCUUGUCCCCGGCCUCCCAGAACAUUGGACCGGCCCACUCCGUGGACACGGUGCCACAGUGGAUUGCCACGGUGACGGCGGGGGCAGGGCUGCUAGCUGGCGCUGUGCUGGCCGGGCUCUUGGUGAGCUGGAAGGCUAGGGUCAGCUUGAAGCAGAAGGAGGAGCUGGAGAUGAAACAGACCACCUUCUGAGACCUUGAUUGCCCCGACCCCACUCGAACAUUCUUUCAAUAUUAACAAAUACCAACACCUUAACACUUCCAAACUUAAUCUGAGACCUUUUCAUGGUACAAGAGAUUGUGAUUGUAUUUAUAGAUUUGGAGAUUUGAUGCUGUUUACUAGAAUAACUAUGAUA